UUAGACACAUCACUGCUGAGUCACUUUAACUUCCAUGAAAAAGAAAACUGCUCUAAGGAUUUGUGCAGCCACCUAGUUUGGGAUUUCAGAUCUGAUCAGCUGUCAGUCCAGAUAAUGGAUCCUGAUCAGAACCAAAGAAACACAAGGAACCAGCUGAACUCCAGAGGCAGUGGGUCUGUACCUGGAAGUGAUUUUCCACCUGAAAACCCUGACAGAAAUACUCCUGAGUCUGACAGCAGAAAUGCACAAACGACAGACAGACAGCCUCGGUAUUCAGAUGGAUUCACCAUGAUCCCACCAAAUGAGUCUCGACGGAGCAGUUUAAAAAAGAUUGCUCAGAAAGGAGAGGAAGAUCUUCAAAGAUGGAAGGAGACGCACAGACCUGCUGCUGUGCACGUGCCUCCAGAGAAGCUGGGUGGUGGUGCUAUUACAAUGGCUGAAGCCAGGGAAAAGCAGUUUAUAGGUGCACGUUUCUCCAAACUGCAGAAGAAGUUGGAAAAGGAAGACAUGGAUAAGAGGAGGAGACAAGAAAAAGAGGAGGAGUACCAAAAGAUGAAGGCCAAACAGAGAGAGAAGGCGGAGCGCCUGGAGAAGAGGGAGCGACAGGAGGAGCAGACAAGGAGGGACCAGUUCAGGCAGGAUCACCUCAGAGUGACUGAGAAUUUCCUGCAGAGAUUGGAGAGGAGAGCACCACAUCCACAGACAUCCACAGACGCAUCAUCCACAAGCGAGCCCCUGGAAGGUAAACAGAAUGCGAAAAAGAGUGAGAGAGAAAUACAGCUGGACCACAAGAGUGUGAACGCAGCCUUCCUGGACAGAAUUGAGGGCAGAAGCAGACAACAUGAGGAAAAAACAAAGAGAGACGGAGUCAGGGAGGCUGAGCGACCCUGUUUGGCUUCUGAUACUUUUGGAAACCAGUCGGUCCAAACCUCUCACCAACAACAGCCUCUCACUUACCUGAAGUCAGAUUCAGGACAGAGCUGUUCUGGAUGGGCAGCAGAAGCCGACCCAGAGCCUGACUGCGAGUGGAACUUAAUGAAACUGAUGAGCAGCUUUCCAAACUACGACAGAUGCUUCCUAGAGGACAUCCUCACCCAGUGCAACGGUGAUUACCAGCAGGCGUACGAGCUUCUCAUCUGCACGCUCAGUUGAAUUUUAUGUGUCUUCAUUGAAACGACCGCAGUGCCUCAACAUUGGGUUCGGAACUCAUAGAGCUGUGUUCAAAUAAUAAAGGUGCACUGGGAAUAUAAGAGAAUAUGCUGACAGCACUAUAGAACUGCAUUAAAUAUAUAUAUACCUACACGACAGUAUGUGUUUCUUGUAAUCUGUUUGUGAUUAUGCUAUUAAUCAUUGAGUUUUUGGUGUCUUGUAUCUGUCUGCAUGCAGGGGUGAGUCAUGCCGGGUUUUAGUCCUGACAUAAAGCUGAAUUGAUGUUCAUUUUUACCAGUUUAGUUGAAGGUCAAUAGCGUGACUCAUAUCUUCAGAUCAUAUUUGGGGUUCUUAAUUAAAUCAGUAUGUGUGGAUGGAGUAGAGCUCUACCCAAAUGCAUGAUGCUUUUUGUUUGUUUUUUAAAGGCUAUAAUCAAAUUCACAUGUGAUAUAUUGUAUCUAUGGUAAGAUGGUGACAAGCAUCGUUGGAGAGUCCUCAUCAUACACAGGUUUUCUGUAGAAGGACCUUUAGUAUGUGGUUUUGGUUUUUGAUAGGUUUAUUAUGAAACACCUCUGUUCAUUUGUCAUUGGGUUUGUUCUGUGCCGUAGCCAUGUCCAACCUUUCUCUGGCUCUAGCCUUUUAUCAAACAGGAUGGGGUUUGUGGAUGUGCAGUGGGCACGGAGCUGCAGUCGGAGCUGUAAAUCCCAGUCCGAUAACGAAGCCGAACUGGACAGCAAAGAUGGUUAUCACCUGACCGAUACAACAGCGGACAAAGGGUGGUCCUCUUAAUACGGGGGACUAGAAAUCCCCGUUUAGUUUGGUAUGAAGUCAUACUAGGAGCUUUGGCCUCUGAUGUCAUCCAGCAAAGAAACAAUGGAAGCAUCACAUCUCUGCUCAAAUGAGGAACAUAGAAGGUGUUGAGAGAUUUUGUACCAAUAGAAAAACUGAUUAAAAAAACCUUCAUGUUCUUACAAACUAUGCAAACUAGUUUACAGUUGUAAUAAAACACAGUAUUUUUCAAGGUUUGGAUGAGAUAACAAAUACUGCAGCAGAGGGGAAACAAUUUGUUUGACUCUAAAUUUCAAACAUACACCCAAAAACACAAGCUCACAAACCAAAUGUGUGGCGCUUGUUUAAUCUGCACAAAAGAUAAAAUGUAAAAACAAUCAUUUGUGGUUCUAGUGGGAGUUUUUAGUGCUGUAUUUAUUGACAACAGUUUAUCAAUCUGCAUGUACUAAUGUGUAGGAAAAUCACAGCAGCCAGCUGUUGUUCAGAAAGAAACGCUGACAUAACUGCCCACUCCUGCAUUUCUGUUUGCGGACUGAUUAAACAAACAAGAUACUACAUGUUAAUUGUUGAGCUAUUGUGUAUUGGAUUGUUUUGGACAAAGCCAAGUGAGCUGUUUAACCAACUUACUGUUAAUGUAAAAUAGCUUCAUAUUAACCCUUUCAUGCAUAGUGGUCACUACAGUGGACAGCUAUUCUACUGAUGUUCUCUUGUAUAUUCAUGGAUUUUGUUGUUUUAGUUCCAUAUCAGCCAACAUGCAUCAUC